AAACUUAGGUCCCAGGAAGAUCUAUUGUAGAUGCACGAUAGGCAAGGACGGGAGGCGGGUUAGCCUCUGACAGGAGAGGUCACUGCACACGUACUAUCGGAUAGGGCACACAAACUGCCAUGUACAACUGAGGGCUAGAAUUUCACCUUCGCUUGUACUUGGAAUCAUGGGGUUGGCUUCCCAAAGCUUCGUCUCCAAGCCGGAUCAGAACCUGCUGUGCGGGAUAUGUAAGACGGUGAUGAAGGAUGCCGUGCUCACACGUUGUGGUCACGCCUUUUGCGAGCAGUGUCUUGAUACCUGGCUGGCACGACCCCUGAGCGGCUCCUGCCCCCAGUGUCGGGCCUCCGUCAGCAAGUUUCAAGUCAGCCCCGUCUGGGCCAUCCGGGAGAUUGUCAGCAACCUGACAGUGGAGUGCGACUACGGCGACCGAGGCUGCCGCCUUGUGAUGCGGGUUGAAUCCCUGGAGAAGCACCGGACCAGCUGCGCUUACGCCCCCGUCGAGUGUGCCGGGUGCGAGACGGUGGUGAGCCGCUACGAGCUACCCCACCACCAGGGAGAGUGCGCCAAAAUAGCGGCUACCGCCAAUGAGCCCGACCUGGACGAACCUAGGUCCAGGGAGUGGUCGGAUCAGCUGGUCAAGGACCUGGAGAACAAGCUGUCCAGAACCGAACAGCAACUCAAGCAGACCAAGAGGAGGCUGGAGACAUCAGAGAGCAGCGGUCGCAAGCUCGAACGAGACUUGUGCGAGGCCCGACUCCAACUCCAACGCAAACAAGGUGAAUGUACCUUCUUGCACUUGAACAGCACCCCAGAGUUUGAUCCCCAGUAUCCCUACGGUUUCUCUCCUGAGAGCAUCUCCAAACUGUCCCUGCUGAUCGCCUGCCACCUCCUCCGCAAGCCCGACUACAUGGACCGCAAUCGCAUCUUCAACUGCGUCAAGAGGUGCUACGACAGCUACGCCCGCUGCGGCACUCACUUCGAGCAGGAUGUCCACAUGCUUGUGGCCACCGCUUACGCAAGCAACUGGUUCACUGAGAAUCAGAGGAUCAACUUCCACUGCUGGUUGCAGAGCAUCGCGCGGUACCGCAAAUAUGCCGACCUGAGCGGUCCCCCACACCCUGGCUGCACCGCUAGUGUCAUCAGGAGGACCACAUCUCUACGAAGCUGAAGUUUAUUUAUCACUGUUCCCUCUUUUGUUAUAUUAGAAAGUGUUAAAUUAUGUGAUUGUCUUGUAAAGUGAUUUCUAAAAACAAUCUGCAUGUAGGCCUACUAGUUCUUUUAAAUUAAAUGUAUAGUGUUGUGAUGCAAAGAUUGGCGUGUUACGAACCUGCCCCGCCCAUGUGCCCCAACCCACGGGGAAAUUCAAGAGCCAUUUCAUUUACUGACGCAUGUUUGAAAUGAAUCCCCUUUAAACCACGGUGCUAACAAUUGGAGCAAGCAGGCAAACUAGCUCCAGCUGAGCACACUAUACCCUACUAUCUCGGAAAUCUCAAAGCCUUUUUAUUCUGGACAAAAUUCUGGACGAGUGAAUAUUUGGGAAACAGUUGUGUAACAGAAUGCAUUCAGUCGUAGUAUGAAUUGGGUGGUUUCUGACAAUAGUUCACGUGUGUCAAUAUUCGACGUGUAUAGAUUAAUUGCCUUACAAUGAGUCCAGCAAUCCAGUGUCUUGUCACUCAUAUUAUCAUGCCAACAGACAACCGCAUUGCAUUGAUUUGCUGCUGGCUUAAUUCCACAUUUCACCAAAAGCUGUAUUUUCACUGUAUGAACUGAGAUACGUUUAGUCAAGUUCAGGCCAAAUUUUGGGUAGUUUUUUUUUCUUCAAAGGCUAUGCUGCAUCUCCACAACACCACACACCUUGGAAUUGACCGAGACACAAAAAUACCAGAUACAGGUUUUUCUCUACAUGCAGUUGUCAAAUUGGUGCAUCGAAUACAAGAGCACUUUGUCGUAGCUAGCUGAGAUGGGUCUAACGUUGCCUCUGUUGGAUAAUAGCAUCGAGUGUUUAAAAUCACGAACUCGCUCUCGUGUUGUAUGCCUUCUUUCAGCAACCUUGAAUCCAUCACCCGGUCACUUAUCAUUGUUCUGAGAGAGGUAGCUGUCGUGUUGUUUGACAGCGAGUGUUCUCGACGAGUACAGAUGAUAUGAAUCAAAUUAAUCUUCGUGAAAUGCCAUACCGUAUAUGAGCUCCGCAGUAACAGUAAAGUGGCGGACGAGGAGGGGGGGAAUUGUCAGCCAUGUCGAUUCCGGUGCUGAGUGUAGGAAGUGUAGUAUAGGUGUACAAAGCAUGCUGCCCUUGUCUCAUUGAUUAAAAAAUGUAGGAGCAAAUUUAUCUUUUGGUCUGAGACAGAGUUAUUGUAAGACCACAGAGUAGAAGGGUUACAUGACACAUCCGCCAUCAGUUUUCUUUGAUAGUAUUUACGCGAUUGAUUUUCAUGAAGGACAUAUAUAUAUAUCAUGAAAACUAAGAAUAGGUUGAUCUGUAUUAUUUCUCUGGUGAGUAACUUAAAUUUGAGGCGGGGUGCAUACACGUGGAUCGAGGGGAAAUUCCGAGAAAUAGAUACAGGACUUAUUUUCGUGACAGUGGAAAACAAGUAUAGUAAAUGGGAAACACAUGCAUUGUGGUAUUCUCAAAUUCCCAAUAGACAAUAUUCACGAGUCGGCCAUGUUAAAUUGAAAGCCAUGUAAAGUCUUCAUUUUUCUGGGGAACUUGCGAGUAGAUAUGAAAGCAAUGAAUAAAGUUAAUUACAAAUUAAACCAGCCUGCUCUGAUGAAAAAUAACAUACCCUAAUGAUUUAAGCCACAUUUUAAAACAAAAAUUAAAGUGAGGCUUGAACGCACGCCAAGUCUGGCACCAUCCCAUUCAACAGUUUACAAUUUAUUUUUAAAAAAAUGAAUCAGGGAACACGAUCGAAAAAGUUUCCUCGUGAAUAAGGUCUGUUAAGACCACUGGGCUAUAAUGGAACUAUGAACCAGAAAAUACAAGAACCGAUUAUAACUUCAGGGAACACGUUCGAAAAAGUUUCCUCGUGAAUAAGGUCUGUAUAAGACCACUGGGCUAUAAUGGAACUAUGAACCA